UGGCUACAGACUCUGCGCAUGCGCACCUCUCGGUCAUGUUGAUGAAUGCUGAAACAGGGUACUAGUCAACAUGUCCACCUCUGCUGCUCAACAAAACAAUAACGAAGAGCCCGGACUGCACGGAUCUUGGGUAGAGUUGGAGUUGAAUGGAAAUACUGGCGCUCAGGGCGUGCACACGAGCUUGCAGAUGACACCUACUGUGGACCAAAUAAAUGCAAAUACUGGCAUAAGUCAGACCUUGGAAGUGGUGCCUGAGAUUGAUGAAACCCUGAUUGGAGGACUAGAACAUGUUCCGUCAUCCUCCUCCAUUCACAAUGGAGACAUGGAGAAGAUCCUCCUUGAUGCACAGCACGAAUCCAGCCCGAGUAACUCCUCUUGUGACAGUCCACACAGGCCAAGAAGCCCUGACCAAGAUGAGGGUCAGAUCACCUUUGAUGUGGACAUGUCUAGUCCAAGAGGUAGUCAGUCAGAAGAAGAAGGCACAGACAAAGACAGAGAGGAUGACAUCCUCAUGAACAAAGAAGUAGAUUGGGUUGCUGAUUGGUCCAGCAGGCCUGAAAAUAUUCCGCCAAAGGAGUUCCACUUCAGGCACCCUCGGCGUACAGUUUCACUUAGUAUGAGAAAGAGUGGCGUCAUGAAGAAAGGCGGCGUCUUCUCUGCUGAAUUCCUCAAAGUUUUCAUCCCGUCUCUUCUCAUUUCACACAUCCUUGCUCUUGGAAUCGGGGUGUACAUCGGUAAAAGAAUUGCCACAGCCUCCGCCAGUUCCUUCUGAGUCGAAAAUGAAGCGGUGCCUGGAUGUCGUCCUGUCUUUCAAGCACCCUGCUAUCCCGUGUCCCUCUGCAGUCAUUGUGCACCCACAUUUCCCCCGCCCCCCAAACAGCGUUAGAUUCUGUCACAUUGUAAGUGUAUUCACACACAUGUUGUAAUGUGGUUGCACUCCUUCACAUCUUGACCCGGGGCAUCCCAGUUGACUUGUAUCUAGUCGAUACUAAUUCCUGUUCAAGAUGGGAAAUACCAUGUUCAAACACAAAUGUGACAAGAGUUUGACAUCAGUCUCUGAUAUUUCGCACUUUUGUUUUUUUCUUUUUGUUGUUUUGUCACCAGACAUCUGGCCUUCUAGCUGCCCUUUCAGUUACCACAGUCUGUGAACCAAAAAUGUGCGCCAUAUCUUCAGUAUGAACAAAAGUACAGGGAGUUAUCUCUGAGGACAGAAGAUUCAAGAGAGUUUUAUUGUCAUGUGCAUGGUAAAACAGCAGUUAUACCAUGCAAUGAAAAUGAAAUGAAUGAAUGAAAAGAAGGAGUUUGUACCGCCUUAACUUUUUCAACUUAACUUGCCAGGUGCGGUUGUCAGAUAGAAACAACUGCUGAAUCUCAUUUUUUUUUCAAAACGUAAGCUUUUAUCAUUUUUACAUUUUAGUGGUUUUGAUUUUUAAAGCUUUAUGUUUUGAAGUUUUACAUCUUAAAUCUUGAUCUACCAUGUAGCGAAUGAGUUUUGCAUUUUGUGGUGUUUUGAGUAUGUUGUAAGAGUGGAACAUGGGCCACGUGGCAAUCUACCAGGCCAUAUGCUGUUUUUAUUUCUACAUUAUAUUUCUUUAACACUUAUUGCAGCAACAAUUGCAGAGUGUCAAAUUCAUAUCUUCCACCACUGCACAUUGGUGAUAUGUCAUUCGACUGUUUUUGAAUUUCCCUGACAUGUUUAGAUAUUUAAAUAUGUAGAUGUGGAAAUACUUUAAGCUGUGCUCUGCUCCAACUUGUAGAAACCUCCUGACAUUGUUUUAAUAAUACAUUGAUAUUAUUGCAAAUGAUAUCUGCAUAUAUGUAGUGUCAGUGAUGUGUUUUUGCUGUCAUCUACUUGCGUCAUUGCUUGAGGCAGAAACCACCACUAAAUAAGAUGUUUCCAUAAGCAUCUAGAUUUCGCAGUCUAAUUAUUUCCAUUAGUGUGUUUUAAUAAGAUGUACAUUGUACUUCUAUAGAAAAUAUACAAUAAGUAGAUAAGCAUUUCCUAAUGUAAGUGCAUGUAAUUUCUGUAUAUUGAUGCCAAUUGAUGAAGAUGGAUGACUGGGUGACUCAUCUGUCAGUGUUUUAACGUUGUUGACAUUAUAAUCACAUGAAAAUGGCAAAAUGUUUUGGCUGCUGUGAUAGAUUUGGUUUUGAAACACAUACUAACUCACGCAUCUUCAAUAUCAGUAUGGGCUCGUGUACAGUUAAGGCAGUGACUUGCAUUUAAAGUAUAAAGUGCCAUGAGGAAAUGUAUAGUCAUUAGGAGUCAAACAUGUAUGUCAUCAUUGACAUAGGCUUCUGCACAGCUGGUAAGCAAUGAGUAGAAAAUAAUGGAAACCUGGGACUGACUUUGUACUGAAUAAAGCUGAAACAAAUACA